GUCGGAAGAAGAAAGUCCAGGAUGUGAUUAAGGAGAUCGAGUCUUAUGGCAGGAAAGCAAUCAGCGUAUUUUCAAUCCAUCCGUGCUGCUAUCAAAAAAACUGUAGACAGACUCGGUCCCAACCUCUUCGUCAGCGUCGCAAAUGCAGGCAUCACACAGGUCAGGCCUCUUCUGGAAUGUACUACCGAGUUCAUCGAGAAUGAAGUCCGCAUUAAUGUGCUCGGGUUCAUGAACACGCAUAUUGCUGCUGCUCGACAGAUGAUGAAGCAAGGUCAUGGUGGUCGUAUACUUGGUGCCGGUUCGAUUGCGUCCUACCGUACCACCGCUAUAGAACCUUGCACCGUACGUAUGACAUUCGGGUCAAUGCAAAUGCGCCUGCUAUUGUGGAUACGCCAAUGUGGGAUCACAUUGACCGAGAACUUGCCAAGAUCAUGCGAGAAUAUCCCAGUUAGGGCUGCGAAGGCGAUCCGCGUCCAACGUGAUAUCAAGCUAGGCCGUAUCCAAGAGCCAGAGGACGUGGCGAAGUUGGUCUCGUUCCUGGUCUUGGAUGAAGGGGAAUAUAUCGCUGGACAAACUAUCAAGACGUGUGACAACUACGGCGGUGAUUUAUAUUUUGGUUUUUCUGGGUCACCUAUGGCGUGCUAGAUUUGAGGACUGCCUAUUCCCUAUGCAAAGUGGAUUUCUAGGAUUCCAAGGCUUAGCAUAGCUUGUUCCGU